AUGGUGGUCUGGAAUAACAACGAUACUGUGGAGCCCAUAUUUAUUCUGAGGGGUUUUCCUGGGCUGGAGUAUGUUCAUUCGUGGCUCUCAAUCCCAUUCUGUCUUGCAUACUUGGUAGCAUUUAUUGGUAAUAUUACCAUCCUCUCCGUCGUUUGGAUAGAGUCCUCACUCCACCAGCCCUUGUAUUUUUUCCUUUCCAUCUUGGCACUAACUGAUCUAGGUAUGUCCCUGUCCACACUUCCCACCAUGCUUGCUGUGUCAUGGUUGGACGCUCAGGAGAUCCAGGCAAGUGCUUGCUAUUGUCAGCUCUUCUUCAUCCACACAUUUACUUUCCUGGAGUCCUCAGUGCUGCUGGCUAUGGCCUUUGACCGUUUUGUUGCUAUCUGCCGUCCACUGCACUACACCACCAUUCUCACCAACAGUGUAAUAGGCAAGAUUGCUUUGGCCUGCUUGCUAAGAAGCAUGGGAGUUGUACUGCCCACGCCUUUGCUACUGAGACACUAUCACUACUGCCAUGUCAAUGCCCUCUCUCAUGCCUUCUGUUUGCACCAGGAUGUUCUGAGAUUAUCCUGUUCAGAUGCCAGGAUCAACAGUGUUUAUGGACUGUGUGUAGUUAUCUCCACACUUGGCAUGGAUUCCGUUUUCAUACUUCUUUCUUAUGUCCUGAUUCUGAAUGCUGUGCUGGGCAUUGUAUCUCGUGAAGAGAGGCUAAAGGCACUCAACACAUGUGUAUCCCAUAUCUGUGUAGUGCUCAUCUUCUUUGUGCCAGUUAUUGGGGUGUCAAUGGUCCAUCGCUUUGGGAAGCAUCUGUCUCCCAUAGUCCACAUCCUCAUGGCUGACAUCUACCUGCUUCUUCCCCCAGUGCUUAAUCCUAUUGUCUACAGUGUGAGGACAAAGCAGAUUCGUCUAGGAAUUCUCCGCAAGUUUGGACUAGGGAGGAGGCUUUAA